AUGGCAAGCAUCAAAGUUUUACAUGGUUCGAUCGCUCGCCGUUUCACGGUUCCGAAUGACACAACUUGGUCGUCCUUUGAAUCCCAGAUUCGUUCACUCUUCUACAUCCCUUCUCAAACCCCUAUUUCACUCUCAUAUACUGAUGAAGAUGGCGAUAUUAUCACCUUAUCGAGUGACUUGGAGCUUCAAGAAAUACUUUCUGACCAAGAAUUGUUUGGUUCAUCCGUGAAAUUCGUUCUGUCAACUCCUGACGAACUUGCUCAUAACGAAAAAAAUAGUUGGGUAUUAGAAGGAAGUACUUCGCAAAUAAAUGAGGAGGAAUUAUCUAAAUCUAUUAAAGAUAAUGAUGUGAUUAGCUUUAGUUCUUCCGAUGAGGAAGAUGGCUUAGAAACUUCACACGAAUCACGAGAACAAAGUUCAAAUGAAUCUCAACAACAACCAUUUGUAUUCACUGAAUUUUCCGAAUUUCAAAAGAAUUCAAAUUAUAAACAUGUAACAGUUACUGAUGAAGAAACUGAAGAACCAACUUUUAAACCAACAAUCGUUAGUCAACAACCUGAAACGAUUGGCGAGUCAUCAUCUUCAUCAACUGUCGAGGAAGAAAAAUCCAAAGAAUUGCCUGAAAAAGAAGAAAAACAACCUGAAUCAGAUCAAUCAACUGAUAAUAACAAUGAAGAAAAUAUAUUCAAGGAUUCAUCGCCCAUUCGGUACACUUUUGGUCAUAACGAUGAUGAAGAAGAAAAAUUUGGUUCAUGUAAUGAGUUUGGAUUUAGACGUCGAUUUGGUAGAUGUCAUAAUAGACGAUUUAACAGAAAUAAUCAAUGUUGUCAAAGAAGGGAAUCCUGUAAUGGAAAUAUUAGUGAAGAAGGUGUUGCUGAAAAGGUAAAGAUUUUAAGAGAUAUGGGAUUUGAAGGAGAAAAUUUUGAAGAGUUGGUAAAGUUGUAUAAUGGUAAUAUUGAUUUUGUUGUUGAAGCAUUAUUACAACGAUAA